UCCACCAGACACACUCCGCUCCCUGCUGCACUUUUCCCCCCAGACAAGUGUGUGUGAGGCGUCCUGAAGCAUGUGCACGACCGGGGCUCUGCAGCUUCCUCUGGGGCUCAUCAACAGCGAGGGCCGGUACCUGACCGCGGAGGCGUUUGGGUUCAAGCUGAAUGCGUCCGCGAGCGGUCUGCGGAAGAAGCAAACGUGGACCCUGGAGCAGACCGGCGAAGACGGGAGUGCGGUGUUUCUCGUGUCGCACCUGGGCCGGUACCUCGCGGCGGACAAAGACGGUAACGUGACCGCGGAUAGCGAGGCGCGCGCUCCGGACUGCCGCUUCAUCAUCACGGCGCACGCGGACGGGCGGUGGUCUCUGCAGUCCGAGCGACACGGGCGGUACCUGGGCGGCAGCCAGGACCGCAUCACAUGCUUCGCCUCGAGCGUGUCGCCCGCGGAAAAGUGGAGCGUGCACCUGGCUGUGCACCCGCAGGUCAACCUGUACAGUGUAGCGCGCAAACGCUUCGUGCACCUGAGCGCGCGCGGGGAUGUGUGCGCGGACCGGGACGUGCCGUGGGGCGUGGACAGUCUGAUCACGCUGGUGUACCGGGACCAACGGUACCACGUGCAGACGUGCUCUCACCGCUUCCUCCGCGCGGACGGCACUCUGUCCGCGGACACGGACCAGCACACUGGCUUCACUCUGGAGUUCCGCUCCGGGAGCGUGGCCUUCCGUGACGCAGAGGGCCGUUACCUGACCCCCACGGGCUCCUCAGGAACCCUCAAGAGCGGCAAGGGCACGCGCACGGGCAAGGAUGAACUGUUCGCUCUGGAGCGCAGCCACGCGCAGGUCGUGCUCACCGCGGGAAAUGGCAAGAACGUGUCCACGCGACAAGGUAUGGAUCUGUCAGCCAAUCAGGACGAGGAGGAGGACCAGGAAGUGUUUCAGCUGGAGAUGAGCCCAGAGGAGCGCCGGUGUGCCUUUAAGACAGCCUCGGGGAAGUACUGGGCACUCACCCCAAGCGGAGGCCUCCAGAGCACAGCCACCGACAAGUCUGCUCAAAGCCUUUUUGAGCUGGAGUGGAGCGAUAGUCAUGUGUGUGUUCGUGCGCCUAAUGGCAAAUAUGUGACCGCUAAGAAGAAUGGACAGCUAGCGGCUACGGUGGACAGUGCAGGAGAGGCAGAGCACUUCCUGGUGAAGCUGAUAAACCGUCCAAUUAUCGUGCUUCGUGGGGAGCAUGGUUUCAUUGGAGCACGCAAACCAGGCCAGCCCACUCUGGACUCCAACCGCGCCUCCUACGAUGUGUUCCUGCUCGAGUACCACAACGGAGCUUACUCAAUCAAAGAUUCCCAGGGCCUGUACUGGAGCGUGGGGCCCGACCUCUCUGUGCUCUGCUCCAGCCCGGUCCCUGUUCCCUUCCUUCUCCUCUUCUGUGACCUCCACAAGAUGGCCGUGCGUGCUGCGGGGGGCCAGUACCUGAAAGGGGAUCACGCGGGGGCCCUCAAAGCCAAUGCAGAGAGCCUGGACAGCGCCACACUGUGGGAGUACUGAGCCACUGAAGUGGGAUUACAAGUAUUAAGUGUAUUUAUACUGGUUACUUUAUGUGAUGUGUCUUAAAGAGGUGAAGCAUCAGAAAGGGGUGGGUAAUAUUGACAAAACUGAACAGCACUAUCCCCAUGACAAUAUAUUACAAUAUGGCAAUUCAUCAGAAAUGUGUUAAAAUGUGCCUGCAAAUGUCUUGUUGAGGUAAUCAUUAGUUACUUGAAUUACAGAGGGGGUAUUAUGCAAAAUCAUUUUUUUUAGCUCUCUACCAUAUUAUAACAUUUUUCCUUCAUCAGUAACAGAGCUGAAGAGGUUUUAUAUGUCAUCCAUGCAAUUUUGACAAAUCUCGAUUUCUCCUGGGCACUCUACGAACCAUCCUUACAGUUCAAUUCAGUAAUGUUUUGUAAAGACCAAAAUCACGGCAGUAGUAGAGACUAACCAGAGCAGUGAUUCAACCAACAGAAAGUUAGAAAAUCCAACAGGGAAACAAACAUUGGGUAAUAACAGAGAAGCAGAUUAACCAAAAUUCAUAGAAAACAAGGGCAUGAAUAAUGGAUGUCUGAGAACAUCCAUUUUCACCAAGUAAAAUAAAAACCCUGAACCACAGUGAAGGAGAGAUUCACUCCCAAGGGCGGGCAGACUGCAGAUGUGUCCAGGACUAAUACACAUCCGUUUGGAGAUAAUGUUCAAAUCUGUAGGACCAAAGCCCACUCAAGUCCAAGGGACAGAGGACGGCUCGUCCAGGAUAGGAUAGGCGUCAUCCAGUCAUGUGAGGGAAGGGGAAGAUAUGGGUCCACAAAACAGGAUCAGGGCAUAGGAAGGGCAUGGGAGGUCUAGUCAUCACCUAGGCAGUCAGCAGCCAGGCAUCUGAAACAGUUGUGGGACUGGAACCGGGAACUUGGAACUUGUGAAUAGCAAUGAACAGACUACAGGUGAACUGAAUAGUGAAUGUUGUUGACAGGGAAAGUGGAGAAACAUAGGAUAGUGCUCAAGUUUCCAUACUUCCCCAGCAUAGAUGCUUCUAAGGCAGGUUAGCUAAAACUCUGGGCUUUAUUUCUGCUUCUAACUUUCCUGGCCAUAAGCUGAUUCAAAAAAGAAUGUUUUAAGCCUGGUUUUAAAUGAAUGAGACUGUGGGGGCCUGUUUAAUGUGGGCAGGAGCUGAGUCCAUAACACAGAAGUUAAGGUAGCUGAACUUUUCCCCCUCUUACUAUGCUUUUUUAGCCCAAACCCUAAUACUAAAAUACAGUAAUCUAGCCUUGAUGUAACAAAAGCAUCGAUACUUACUUUUAGGCAUGAUAUUUGCGAUUUUGGCAAUAUUAUGCAGGUGGAAGCAGGCUGUUUUAAAGGCUUGGUUUAUAUGUGCUGUGAAUGAAAGCUCUAGGUUAAAUAAGACUCCAUGGUUCUUUAUAGUAGAACUGGAGGCUACAGUGACAUGGUCCAGUGUGACUAUCUGGUCAGAUAGAGAGUCUUGCAGGCCAUUGGGACCUAGAACAAUGACCUCUGUUUUUUCAGGGUUAAGAAGCAGAUAAUUAAGUGUCAUCCAUUUAUCUAUUCCAUCAGUUUGAUCUGGUUUAAUUGAUUAGUACAGCUGUGUGUCAUCAACAGAUUCUUAACUUCUUAAUGCCUGUUUUCUGAUGAUAUUACCUAACAGCAGCAUAUAAAGUGUGAAUAGGACUGGACCCAGUACACAACCCUGUGGUACUCUGUAGGCUACUUUAGAACACAGCAAGGAACUCUGGUUUCCAUUAACAAACUGGUCCCUAUUUGAUAAAUGGGAUCUAAACCAGCUGAGGUCUGCCCCUCUGACUCCUGUGUCUCAUUCUAAUCUCAGUAGUAGAAUGCUGUGUUCAAUGGUGUCAAACUCUUCACUGAGGUCAAACAGAAUCAGGACUGAGAGCAGUCCAUGAUCAGCAGCUAAUAACAAGUCAUUUGUGACUUUAAAUAGUAAAUAGUAGCUAUGUAAUGUUCAACCCACAAGACUAUGUUAUCCAUGUUCCCAUAUGACAAUUCUCCAUAAAUAUACAAGAGCAAGAUAUAAAACAAUACACUACAACUUCACAAACUUGAUGCAAUAUGCAGCAGUUUCAUAAGUGGGAUACACUCUGAUUAUGUUGUGAUAGCGCUCUGAAGGGGGAGUGACUUAGCAUGGACAGCAAAAGGAGGGAGGACAUGGUGAUCUAAAUAUGUUACGUGUUAGCAGUUUAUAUCCCAUAGAAGUAAAAUACCCCCUCUUUAAGAACAAAAUAAUAUUCCCUUAGCAGAAAAAGUUUGCAAAUGAAUGUUAAGUAAGUAAAGAAGCACACCAAAGUUUAAACCCUCUGAUGAGGUAUAAAGUGCCAAAAUGCAGUGCAUAUUCUUUGCCAUAUAAUUUAUGUCAUUUUUGGCAUUAAAGGUAUUCUGUGCAAUUGAAAUAUGGACCAGGCUUUUUGUAUUUUGAGGCUGCAAACAUUUUAUACUGGUUAUAAUGAUUUCACUUGAACUAUUCCUGAAUAAUAUGCAAAACUAGUGCCAGUUUCUUAUAUACUAAAUAAAAUAUUUGGUAUCUGUUAUGGUGUAUAUUUAAAAGAUACAAUAAAUUAGGGUUUACACAAUUUUGGUCUUAGCUUUAGCUUUGCAUCCCUUGUGCUUCAGCUCAAAAUGUAAAAUAAACAAAAAAAGAGAAAAUAAAAGCACAAAUUCUUGAUUUUGCAUUGAUUAAUGCUAAAAUGUGGAAUAAACAUUGUCUGUAGCCUCUUGUUAAUACAACUAAAAUGCCAACUCAAAAUCAGGCACAUAUUCUACCCAUAAGAAAGCACAAAGAUCAAAAUGAAGGACAGAAAACAGUCUCCUUAAGAAGCACAUGUUUAAAGGGAUGGGUGAUAUUCAUACAAGGGAAAUGACCUCUCCAGUUGUACCAAGGCUCAUGUGCCUUUAUCUGCUCUGUACCAUUGUGGCUGUGCUUUUACUCAAUAAACUUUUUCGUCCUUGUUGUCCUGAGGUGUCCCUCAUGUCUCUGUCCAAAGCCGCUCUGAUUUAUCUGAUGGUCCAUAAGUGUCCAAACCCGUGGUCGUAAACACGUGGAAAUAUGUUGCACACA